AUGGCAGCAUACCCACAACACCAUCACCUGAUUCGACUUCCUCCUCCACCACCACCGCCACAACAUUCGCAUUCUCAUUAUGCAUCGAGUUCAAGUGGAGGCAGCAGCUACAGUGGAGGAGGAAGCUCGUACAGCAAUGGAAGCAGCAGCAGCAGUGGCGGAGACAUGAGCACGAUGUAUCCCUACAAGAUGGAAAACAACAUUACGGCCUACAGCAGUCUCAUGUUUCUGGCCGUGGGAGUCUUGGUGGCCCGCAUAUUCAAUUUCUUUCGAUUGAAUUGCACCAAACUGGAAAAUUCCAAACGACAGGGCUAUCUAGGCGUUUCCAACGCCAAUCCAGUCCAACAUGCACCCUUUCGAGACAACCCAGCCGCUGCCCUGAGGAAUCGCAAAACUAACAAGCAACCACCGUCGCCCAAUCAUCCAGCCAUGCGGACUGUUCCAACCAAGGCCAUUAAUAUCGAAACGAUGCAACGUUUGCAAACCACGGGCAUUCGCAUGAUGGCUCAUGGGGUCCAUUGCGAUCCCCGCAAGGUAUGGUUGACCAUGGACAAUCAAUCCAUUAAUUGGCAAUCGGAAUUCCAACGGCAAGUUCCCGAUCUGAAGGGUACCCCCAAAAUGGUACCCGUCCGCGGCUCUUUGCAUCGAAUCAACUGGCCCAUGAUUGAAUACAUUGAUGUGGGCAAACGAACAGAUGCCCUGAAACAAGCGACUCAUGUGGCGGGGCAUUUGUGUUUUUCAUUAUUAACACAAGAGGGGAGUUUGGAUUUGCAAGCCAAUUCGCAACUGGAACGGGAUACUCUAGUGAGUUGCAUUGGAAUGAAAUUGGACGAACUGUUGGGUCAAGACUGGCGACAAUUGGCGCCCGUGGGUGGAUCGCCGUCUUCGGCGGCUGGGGUUUCGUCGGCGUCAGGAGCUGCAGCACCAGGCUUUUCCAAUUCGUCCUUUUCGAUUCACCAGCCAUUUCCGGAAUCGUUUGUGGAUGUGUAA